UUCAGUCAUGCAAUCAAACUAUAGUAUAUCAUAUUUUCUAUUAAUCCUCUUCACAGGAACUUCGUCAUAUUUUACAAUAUGGAACUUUGUGGACCACACACGUGUUGGGGCGUUUCCGGAAGAAGAUUACAUUCGCCUUGCGUAUAUUAUCGGUGGAAAUUUUAUGACACGUCUUAUGUUCAUGCAGCAUUUUAAAAGUGUAUUGAAGUACUCUGACCAUUUCUUUCGCCUACAUCUGAUAACUGAUGAAAAUCACCGAUCCGAUAUUCAUGAGCUCAUGACGUCAUGGAAUAUUUCAAACUGCGAGUGGUUUUUUCACAAUCUCACAGAGUUCGAAAAACGAGUUGCUUGGAUUCCAAAUUCACAUUAUUCAAAAUAUUAUGGUUUGAGCAAACUUUUAAUUCCUGAAAUCAUCGGCAAUGACAUUGGAAAGAUUAUGUUCAUGGAUGUUGAUAUCAUUUUUCAAACCAAUAUUUUUGAUUUGUGGAAACAAUUUAGAAACUUUAACAAUUCCCAGGUUUUCGGAAUGGUGGAAAAUCUUUCCGAUUGGUAUCUUAACAAGGAUGGUAAAAAGUCGGUUUGGCCAGCAUUGGGACGUGGAUUUAACACUGGAAUAAUCAUGUUUGAUUUGGAUAAGCUCCGGAAAAAUGGAUGGGCAAGCAAAUGGAGAGUAGUGGCUAACAAAUAUUUACGAAUUCACGGAAAAACUGCCAUGUCAGAUCAAGACAUAUUUAAUGCAUACAUUCAUGACUAUCCGACUGAAAUUAUACAAAUUCCAUGUGCUUACAAUUAUCAACUUGGAGCACUCACAAAAUCCAAAGAACUAUGUCCGGAGACUCCACUUGCGCUACAUUUCAACUCACAAAACAAGACUGUUGGAAAAAAUUACGCAUUUUUUGACAAGAUUCGAAAAGCGUUUGAUGAAAUGGAUGGUUCAGAUCUUAAACGACGUAGACGAUCUUUUAAAGGAAAUAAUCAAAAAGAUAUCUGCCAUGAAUAUUUACCAUUAGACAAUUUCCGAAUUAUCCCAAAUGCAAUUGGAAGAAUGACAAAACCUGCAGAACUCUGCAUGGUGACGCAGUUUUCCAAAGAUCGACUUAAUCAUUUUCUGGAAAGUGCAAAUGCGUGGCGGCAUCCUAUAUCUACAGCAGUAUACGGGAAGGAUAAAGAUUUGCUAGACAUUGCAAAAGCCGUCACAGAAUUGAAUCGCACAGAUAUCACAAUCCAUCUGGUUUUUGAGGAACCAACUGAAUCCUGGAUGCUAGACUCUUUAUAUCCCAUAAAUUUUUUGAGAAAUGUAGCAAUUGAACACGCAAACUGCAAAUAUAUUUUAAUGACUGAUGUAGAUUUUGUGGUACUUGGAGAUUACGGUACAAUAAUCGAUCAAACUGGAAACCUGAAACAAAAAGAAGUUCUGGUGAUCCCUGCAUUGGAAAUGACAUACCCGCAGCUGAGGUUAAAUUUAUCAAAUUUUCUCUCGAGAAAAGAUUUGGUGAUAGAACAUUUAUUGAACAAAACCAUUCAAACUUUUCGGGAAACAAUUUGGCCAAGUUCUCACGUACCUACAAAUAUUUCAAAAUGGAUAAAGUCAAAUCGCACUUAUAUGGUAAAUUAUGAAAAGAACUAUGAACCUUAUUUUGUAAUCAAAAAAGAAGAAUGCCCUUUUUACGAUCAGCGGUUCGGAGGAUUUGGCUGGAAUAAAGUAACUCAUGUAAUGCAACUGAAAAUGAUGAAUUAUAAGUUCUUGGUUUCUCCAACUAGUUUUAUGAUUCAUCAAAAUCAUAAUGCUUCAAAAUCAUUGAAACGCUGGAGACGUGACCCACAUUAUCAGAAAUGCCUUCACACGUUAAAAAAUAAAUUUAUGAAAAAAACUGCUAGUCGACUGGGAAUCAAGCUAAGAUGAUUUCAGAAAGAAAACAAAUAUCAAUUGUUAGGACCAAGAAUGUCAUCAAAGCGGAGUAUUUUAACAUGUUGCUUUACAACUGAUUUUUUUUAUUUUUAAUGAAUAUUUUUUCAUUUUCAUU